AGUGACUGUGAGUUGGUGCUACGGUUUAGUUGUGGAUUCCAGUCCGCUCGCUCGGCUCCAUCAGUUCUUGUUUGUCCUUCGAACCGAUCAGUCGACAACUCAAGUGCAAUCAAAACCGUAGCUUAACUGAGUUAUUUAGCCGACGUUUUUAGUUUUCCACUAAUGAAAACGGCGAACAAAAAUAACAAAUUUCCCGAAAGUUUUAAUGAAUUGAGUUUUUUGUGCUUGUCUUAAAAUAACAUGUUUUUUUAAACAACAACAAAAGACUUUUACGGAUCUUCAAUUGAGACGAUUUUGAAUUAAGGUGAACUAAAACAAACCAAGUUGUAACUACAACGAGCGCCUACAACAAACAAUUUUCCGGAGUUGCAAUAAAAAAUUCAAACAAAAAUUAAUCGAUGAAAGUGAAAUGUGUUUAAAAACAUAGACAGUGUAUUUAUGUGUGUGUGUGUGUGUCUCACUGCACGAAUUUCUAGCUCGGUAAAAAACACAAAAACUGAAUUCUACACAGACACAGAGAGAUAGGGAGGGAGAGGAAAAAAGCGACAGCAAAAAUUAACGACACCAACAGAAUAAUGAACUAAUGAAAUGUUGCAGAACAUGACACAAUGUGAAUAAAAUUGGUUAAAUCGAUACGCUUCUAAGCCGCCCAGAUAGUGAAAAUAAAAACCAAUCGUGGAAGGCAUGCGAAUAACUGUGAACGGUGUGAGCAUGAUAGACACGGACCGACAUUUGCAUGCACCGAAAACAUCAUUUGAAUAAUGAAUUCCCAUUUUCGGCCCAUGCACACACUGCCGUUAUCGCUGGAAAGUCACUUGUGCGCACAUAUAAUGAGUUUAUAAUUUAAAUGUGCAUAAAUUCGGUUAAUUCAUGAAUAAAAAUUGCGCCUCGAUUCAAUUUCCCGCACUAAAGCACCCAUUAAUAUAUCUUGGACAACAACGAGGCGACGAGGACGUGGACAAGCACGAGCACAAAAAAUAACAGAAUGGAACUGAUUAUUUCUGUUUGAAUAUAUAUAUAUCGCAUUAAUUGAUAAUAUCAGUUGAAAAAAAACGAGCGAAUCCGAAUUCACUUACGUAUUUGACAUUCGUAUCAUAUAUUCAUUGGAGUGUCAAACUGAAUAGAUCAACAUAGUAGUCAGUGGCAUGUGUGACAGGACUUUAAAAUUAAAGCAAACACGCUUCGUCGAACACAUGCAUUCGUUUAAUUGUUCAGACAAUUUUCGUGAUUAUUAUAAAUCGAUGGAAAAUAACAACAACAACAACAAUAAUAAUAACAACCAUUUAAAUAACGACAUUAAAUAAACGUGCAACAGCCACAUCAACAACAGAAACAGCGCAGAAAAAAAUUAACACGAAUGGUAAAUCCGGUACAUGAGAUUUAAUGUGCAAUUUAUAAAAUUUUAUUGAUUGCAUUUUAUGAGGAUAAAAUGAAGUGUUGUUUGACAUGAGCGAGGGAGAAAGAAAAGGUUUUCGAUUGCAAUAAAUUUUACAUAAAAGAUCACAUUUCAUGUUUAAUAUGCGCAUGAAUUGUCGUGAAACAUUGAAAAUAAAAGAAAACAAUAUUAUUUGAUGCAUUAUUAUUGAUGGAAAAGUGCUAUUGAAUAUAUACGUUCAAUCCAUUCAAUUAGACACGAAUUGAAUGAAGAACCGCGUCGCGACGUAAACACCGUUGCCAAAAACACGCAUUUUCACGUUAAGCGUUUGAAAAUUGUAUUGAUGUGACAAUUGACUCUACGACAAAAACAGAAGCACGACAACCAAAAAAUAAUAAUCCAAUGUGUGUCAACAAGUAAAUGCCAUCAUAUUUAAAGAAGUACAAGGUAUUGUAAUUAAGGAGUGCGUGAUUGACAGUAGUACUGACGCUUCGAGGUAGAAAUAAUUCAACUGUAUUUCGGUAAAACAUUAAAAUGCGAUGCAAUUCCGAAUGACUGUGCCAUUAAACGACGUCUGAAGACAUCAAAUUGAGACCAUGUUCUAAACUGCUGUUAUUCUGUAAUUCGAUGAAUUCGACAGCAUCGAGUCCGAAAUGAAGUAACAUUUUGACUGCCGAGUGAAUAAUAAUUAAUCGGAGAGUGCACAUUCCAAUCGAAGUGACUUCAAUAAAUAAUAAUGUACGGAAUGCCCAUCGAAUACGAGCGCUUAAAGUGACAAGGGACAGUCGGAGACGAAGAGAGAUACACACCAAGUUUUUGCGUUGGAUAAACUAUUUACGGAAUUCACAUUCCAUGCCGAUAAAUAAAAAUGCCGAUCGAUAAUUGUGAUAAAGCAAUGGAAAAGUCCAUCAAAUGGAUAUUUGUUGUGAUUGUGGUGGUGUCCGAACUUUGUAUGCAAAUUUACGGAGAGCCAGAGUCGGAGCAAAUACCCUUAGUUCGCCUACCAUCAAAUACACUACUCAAAUAUACGGCAUACAAGGAUGUGUCCAUAUUACAUUUUGUCGUGCCGAGCGAUACACGAACCGCUUAUUUCAACUUUAAAGCAUAUGAGGAAACAAAAAGUGCCUUCCAGCGUCAGUGUAAGCCGAGAGAUGUCACGUUACACUUAAAAGCUGGUAGUUAUCCUGUAAUUAGUCCAGAGAAUAUAACUUUUCCCAAGCAUUUUUUACAUGCCAAUCAAAGAUUCGAGAUAUACAAUUUGCAAUUCAAGUCUGAUGGAUCGAUGCGGAGGAUGAGUAUCGAUGGACCAAACACAGGUGAUUGGUACGCGGUGGCAUUCAUUUCAUGGACAGACCCAAAUAACGAUCGAAUUGAGCAACAAGGCCUUGCAGCAUCAUGCGAGACAUUGCUAUUGUCCGAAAUGUCGGUGGUUAGUGUUAAAUCGAUCAUUCUAAAUGCUGACAACGGAUUAAUGUAUAAUAAUACACUUUAUGCAAUCGCUAACGACCGUAAUGCCAACAAUAAUAAGAGCAACCAGCGUAGCAGCAGCAGCAAUAGUUCCGCCGUUCCAGCCACCUCCGGGGGAGUUGGUUCGGAUGGUGUCGAUGGUGGUAGCAGCGAAAAUAGUAAUGCAACCAAUGCGAACAUGGAUAAAUCAAAGUCUGCCUCAAACCAGCAUCAGCCAUCGAUAAUUUAUAAAUUUUUUGUGCCACGCUAUGUGGAUGUGGUCGGAUUACAGUUCAACAUUAUACAAGCGUGUAACCAAUGUCAGGCGAUUGUAAUUCGUGUGCAGGCCAACGCUUUACCAACGCCGAAAAAUUGCGUUCACAGUGUUGUCAUUGAUGCAAAUAAAACAAGCGAAAACACCAUCGAUUUUUAUCCACAACAGUCGCAUUGGCAUUACAUUGAAAUCGGGUUUGCGAGUCGCAUUAACAAUGACAACGCCACCAAUGCAACAACCGUCACAGCAACGUCGUCACCAGUGCUCAGUCCAACAAAAGCUUUCAAAUCAAAAUCACGACAGGAGAAGCGACAACAGUUUCUGGAAAAUAAUAUUUUUGUAAAUUUUAGCAUAGGUCUACAAUUUAUCUAUGAAAUGCCUGUUGUUGAGUCAUCUGAAAAUCGGGCGAAUGAGAAUAAAUCAACAGCAGCCAGUGUAAACAGUAAUAAAGGCGAUAGCAGUAGCGGCAGUAGGAAUGCCAACAUGGGAAACGGCAGUACAGGGUCAGAAAAUGUAAAUCGUAUGGUCAACACAUCAAAUUCCAAUUCAUCAUCGUUGUCCGACCAAAAUUCAAACCAGUCAACCAGCACUACCACCACCACCUCUACUACUAGCAAUGCUGUUGACGAUGACGAUGCCAGCAAUGUUUCUGAUGCUUCGAACGAUGAUCCUAAUGAUUUGAUUGCAGAUGAAAAUGACAUCAAUAUCAAACCAUCGGCCAAGAUACCAGCCAAAGCGAGGAAUAUUAAUUAUUAUUCAUUGCUACGGCAAACUUAUCGCGAGUUCUUUAUGUUCGACUACGAUUUAUUGCCAGAUGACAAUGGAACCGUUCCGACUUUUAUCAAUUUAACGGCCGGCAUUCCGACUGGAUUUCGAUUUGAUGUGGGCAAUGUUUUUGAUAUUGGCGGAACAUUGAGCUUUGCCGUUGUGAUGAAGGACAAUUUGCAUGAUGCUACAAUUGCGGCAACCGCAUCGGCAGCAACCAUUUCAAAGACACGCAAUAGCCGUAUAACGAGCGAUGUGGCUGUGGCCGAGAAGCUAGUGCACAUCAAUGAUGAAAUGAAUGAUGCACCAAGCCACGAAUUGGCCGAAGGUAAUGCCAAUAAUGCAAAACCUAUCGAUGGCAUGAAUUUUGAAUUAAAUCAUUUGAAUGAGAAUGAUGAUGUGACCGAUAAUAGUUCAGGUAGUAAUCAAACAAUAAUCAUAUGCAUGCACUUGAAUGCAGCCGCUCUGCCGAAAUGGCCGAAUCAAUGCGUGUAUGGACAGCACGUUUUUCCAGCGGCAAGUAUCAUGAACAAUACCAACGAAGACACAAGUACCGGAUUGGUGCAUGUCCCUUUUCCAGAACCCGGCACAUGGUAUGUGACGCUAGGUUUAUUUUGUCAUGGAGCCGAGACGAGCCGCAUUACGAUCAUCGAUAGCGUGAAAGAAUUUAUCAAAAAAUAUGUGGAUGUGUUGCAUGAUGUGCGAGUUCCGUGUGCAUGUGCAAAUCGUACCGAUUACUAUCAAAAGUGUGUGACUGAUACACGAUGCCUGAGCGAUUUGAGCGAAUCGGAAACGUUAAAAGUGAAAGAAUGUCUGAUGGACUCGAAAUGCACAAGUAAAUACAAAGAGAUGGCUCGGAAAUUCGAGCUACAUCAUCGAUACGCAACCGAACAAUCGGUUGCAGCUGACAGCAACUCAUGCAAUGCAAGCGCCGUUUUUACGAUUUCAUCAAGCCCAUGUGUGGCCGGACGAUGCGGUCGUUAUGGACGAUGCUAUCACUAUAUGUCGGGUGGUUUUGUGUUUUCGACAUGUCUCUGCAUCAAGGGAUACAGAGGAUGGGACUGCACUGAAGACUCCCAAGUGCCAUCCAGUUUCUCCAUACUACUCGCUCUGCUGCUGCUGACCCUCAGUAAUCUUUUGUUUAUACCCAGCAUUUACAUUGCCGUUCGCCGUAAAUACUUCACCGAAGGCAUUAUUUACUUUUUCGCAAUGUUCUUCUCGAUAUUCUAUCAUGCGUGCGAUUCGGGUGAGGAUGAGUACAGCUUUUGUCUCGUUAAAAUUGGUGUGCUGCAAUUCUGCGACUUCUACUGCGGUUUGCUUGCCAUUUGGGUGACAUUGAUUGCAAUGGCACACAUUCGCCAAACCUUUGUUUCAAUUUUGCAUAUGGUCGGUGCGGUUGUGAUCGCCUUCGGUACGGAGAUGAAUAAGCAGAGCUUAUGGGUAUUUUUGGCACCGGCACUCACCGGUCUCUGUUUGAUAUCGGUCAGCUGGGGUUGGCGAUGCAAACGUACACGCAAAUGGUUUCCAGCUCGACGAUAUCUGUCGAUAUUCUUGCCGAUCGGUAUGAUAUUCGUGAUGUGCGGCUUAAUUUGCUAUGCAUUUUUACAAACGCGUCACAAUUACUUUGUCGUUCAUUCCGCCUGGCACAUGCUAAUGGCAUUAAGCAUCCUUUGUUUGCUGCCAAGUCGUAAUUCAUUUAUCCCAAAAUGCUAGCAUACAAUUAACACAGUGUCGUCAUCGUCUACUGCCACCACAACAUCAUCAUCGAUGUCGUCGUCGUUUGGCGAACGGAGCAUUCGCUUGAAUCCAAUUCGAUUGCUAAUCGGUUGUAAUUGUUACUAUUGUCGCUUUUUCUAUCACCAAAAUGCUUACGAUACCAUCGAUGAUUAAAUUCUAAAGCUGGAAAUUGGUUGUUCAUGGGUUUGAAUGUUGUUCAUGCACAUGAAGAAAAGACAAAACAAAAAUCAAGAGAGAGACAUAGACAGCAGCUAAAAGACCAUCCCUAGGUAAAUUUAACAAUAUUACGAUUGAUGAAUGCGAGGUGAAGUUAGCUGAGUUGAGUUGACGAAUAGUUUGGGUUUUUAUGUUAGAUCUUAGCACACGGUACACAACACUCACACGACGAACAAAAGUGGAAAUUACUUGCCUUAACUAUUAGAAGAAGUCGAAAAGCUGCAGCUGAGAAAAAAAAUCUAGAUGAAAUGUGGAAAAUCAAUUUAUACCAUUGUUCGAUACCAAAAAUAUAACAAAUGAACAUUUUGACUAAAAAUUUUAGGAAGAAAAAAUGAUAUGAAAACCAAAAAAAAAAACUAACAACAGAAGAAAUUUAAACGAAUGAAUAUAUCAAUGUAAUGAAUAAGAUCGCAAAAAGGGUAUUUUUCAUGUUCCAGUGUUGAAACAAAACUAAAAA